UGUGAGGCUGUUUCCGGGUGUGGGAGCGUGGAUUAUUGUGUUCCUGGGCAGGGAUUGAAUCGCGUCUUUGUGUAUUUUUGGGUCCAUACAUUCGAGAGCCUCGGGGAUUUUUCGUAGUCUAUUAUCAGUGAAGAAAAUAAUGAAUCGUAUUUUCGGACGGGGUAAACCAAAAGGACCACCACCAAAUCUCUCCGACUGCAUUGGAAAUGUGGACGGGAGGGCGGAGUCCAUCGAUAAGAAGAUCGCCAGGCUCGACGCGGAGCUGGUGAAGUACAAGGAUCAGAUGAAAAAGAUGCGGGAGGGGCCGUCCAAGAACAUGGUGAAGCAGAAGGCCAUGAGGGUACUGAAGCAGAAGAGGAUGUACGAGGGGCAGCGGGACAACCUGACGCAGCAGUCCUUCAACAUGGAGCAGGCCAACUACACCAUCCAGUCGCUGAAGGACACCAAGACCACGGUGGAUGCCAUGAAAAUCGGUGCCAAGGAGAUGAAGAAAGCUUACAAGCAAGUGAAGAUUGACCAGAUCGAGGACCUGCAGGACCAGCUGGAGGACAUGAUGGAGGACGCCAACGAGGUGCAGGAGGCUCUGAGCCGCAGCUACGGCACGCCGGAGAUCGACGAGGACGACCUGGAGGCGGAGCUGGACGCGCUGGGUGAUGAGCUCUUAUUGGACGAGGACAGCUCUUACCUAGACGAAGCCUCUUCUGCUCCCUCCAUUCCAGAGGGCGUGCCCAGCGAAAUCAAAACCAACAAGGAUGGCGUUUUGGUGGAUGAAUUCGGCCUCCCACAGAUCCCGGCCACAUAAGAUGCUCAUUAGAGGCGACACUUUGAACACUUUUUUUUAAAGAUGUAAAAUAACAUUUAUAUAUGAAAAUGGCAAGAAUGUGGCCUGUACGCAGUCAAACGUUGAAUUUGAAGUGACAGGUGUGAAGCAUUGAAGCUGGUUUUUUUUUUUCUCGUUUAUUUCUGUUCAUGGUGCUGCCAUGCUAGCAAAUGCUCUCUUUAGCCUGUUUCGAUUGAUCCAACUCCUUAACAUAGUAUUUAACAGUGAACAGUGACCUGAAAAGCAAGCUGUUGUGUUGAAGAUUAUAAGGUCUGGAUAGUGACUUGAUACACAUUUUAAAGACCCUCAAAAUGUGGCCUGCCUUUUCCUCUGUAAAAUAACUCUAUGUAUCCCAUUUGAAAUGAAUAUAAUAAAGUACAUUUUAAAUUA